AUGGCACAGCUUGUUCAGCCUACGGGCGGCAACGCGCCUGCUGCCACCGAUGACAUGGCUCCUCACGAGUUUGGCGCAAGAGUGAAGUGGAUCAAGGACAAGAAGAUGGCCGCCCAGCGCUUCGCUGUGGCUAGCAAGAGGACCGGAUGCGUCCCUGACCUGGACGACGACAAGCUUUCCAAGCAGCUAGCGAAGACCACGCUUCUUCUCGACCACCUGGGCGAGGAUGACACCCAGAUGUCGCCGUUGCUCAACCGCGCCGCAGGUAUUGAGGCGUGGCUCGGCAUGUUCAACGAUCCAGCGUUCCAUUUUCCAGACGACACCAAGCAGCGCGCCCAGAUGCUCCUCCAGCGCUUCCAGGGCGAGAACUGGGGAGCACCGGCUGCGGCGGUGGUGAACAACUCCUCCAACUCUGAUUCCGCCGAGGAAGCCGCUUCCCCGACCACGCCUGCUGCGACUUCUGCGACUGCUGCAACUUCUGCGCCUGGCAAUGCUACUGCCACUGUCAGAAACCCUCCCGCUAACCACCGUAUCUGGGGCCGUGACGGAAUCAUGCGCGGCAUCUUACCGAAGGUGUCGGGCGGCAUCGUCCGGAGCCGCAGCAUUGACCCCGAUUAUGAUCGUCGUCGCUCAGCCAAGGUCCUUGGUGACAACGGCCUGGCCGCGGGUGACUGGUUUCCCUACCGGCUCUGUGCACUGCGGGAUGGAGCUCACGGUGAGUCCCAGGCUGGAAUUUCUGGCGUCGACGAUGGCGCGUGGAGCAUCGUCGUGGCCGGAGCGUACGAGGGAGUAGACGAAGACCGCGGCGACGUGAUCUGGUACUCGGCCCCCGGUAGCGCCGACAACGAGAAUAGAAAUGAGGCGCAAACCACCUCAGGCACCGGCUGGCUCCAGAGGUCUCUCGCCACGCGCAACCCCGUCCGCGUCCUCAGGGCCGCCAACAAGAAGUCGGCAUACGCGCCCUCAUGCGGCAUCCGCUACGAUGGCCUGUACGUGGUCGUCGCGCAGGACACAAGCCACAACGACAAGGGCGGCCUCUUUAUCCGGUACCUCCUGGAGCGCCUGCCCAACCAAAAGCCCCUCAAGGAUGUCAUGCUCGAUUCUCCGACCGCUCAGCAGAUGGCGGAUUUCACACUUGCCAAAGAUCUGUGGUGA